AUGGCUCAGCCAGCUGGAAUAGAGAAGCUACACAGGAGGAUCUCUCCCCAACAUCACUGGCGUUAUAUCGAACGAACCGUCAGCACCCCCGUGGGACCCGCGAUUUUCACCGCUUAUGUUGGUCCCGGCAAGGGUCGAAUCAAGGCACCCGAACCGGAGCUGAUGCUCUGGUGGUUCGAUGAGUAG